AACCAGAUUAUUCAACAGCGUCUAAACAACAUAUCAACAUGCUUCAACAACUUCUUACCAUCAGCGAUGCAUCCAAGUCUCUGAUUUAUAGCUACCACCGGAGCUUCAGCGGCUUUGCAGCGACGCUCAACGAUGAGGAGGCUCGAAAACUUGCCGAGAUGGAUGGGGUUGUAUCUAUGUUUGUGAGUGAGAAGAAACAUUUACAAACGACAAGAUCAUGGGACUUCAUGGGUUUGUUCGAAGGAGCUCCAAGAACGAGGUUGGAGAGCCAGUUGAUUAUCGGAAUAUUGGAUACUGGGAUAUGGCCGGAAUCUGAAAGCUUUUCCGAUGAAGGGUUUGGCCCACCGCCGGCGAAAUGGAAAGGCGAAUGCCAAUCGUCUUACAAUUUCACCUGCAACAAUAAAAUAAUCGGAGCUCGAUCUUUCCGGAGCGGGGCGAUCAUCAACUGCGAACACGACAAUCUUUCUCCGAGAGAUACGGAAGGCCAUGGAACCCUCACCUCAUCCACCGCCGCCGGAAAUUUGGUCACCGGCGCCAGCCUCUUCGGCCUUGGCCUUGGCACCUCUCGUGGUGGCUCUCCUUCUGCCCGCAUUGCCGUCUACAAGAUCUGCUGGUCCGAGGGUUGCUUCGACGCCGACAUUCUCGCAGCUUUCGACCAUGCAAUCGCUGAUGGGGUCGAUAUCAUCUCCCUUUCCGUUGCAGGUUCUGACCUCAAGGAUUACUUCGAGGAUUCCAUUGCAAUUGGGGCUUUUCACGCGAUGACGAAUGGGAUCCUGACUUCGAAUGCCGGUGGGAAUACUGGCCCUUUAUUUGGUACUAUUCAGAAUGUUUCUCCAUGGUCGCUAUCGGUGGCUGCGAGCACCAUUGAUAGGAAAUUUGUGACAAAUGUGAAGUUGGGUAAUGGAGAUUCCUUUCUGGGGAUCUCUGUGAACACCUUCCAACUUGGAGAUAAGUUGUUUCCACUCAUAUAUGCUGGUGAUGCUCCUAAUACCACUGCAGGCUUCGAUGGAUCAUCAUCAAGGUUCUGCUUCAAUGGUUCUUUGGACGUGAACCUAAUUCAGGGGAAGAUUGUUUUAUGCGAUGGGAUUGCUGAUGGAGAAGUUAGUAGUGCCGCGGUUGGUAUGAUAAUGCAAGAUGAUACUCUCCAAGAGGCGGCCCUUCUUUUCCCACUACCUGCUUCCCAGUUAGACUUCAACGCUGGAAAGAAUGUUUUCCAGUACAUGAGAUCAACCAGUAAUCCAGUAGCUAGCAUAGAGAAGAGUACUGCCACUGAGGAUCUAUUAGCUCCAUAUGUUGUUUCCUUCUCAUCAAGGGGGCCUAACCUACUUACACCGGAUAUUCUCAAGCCCGAUUUGGCAGCACCAGGAGUGGAUAUACUAGCAUCUUGGCCUGAAGGUUCAGCAAUUACAGGUUUUACAGGGGAUAACAGAAAAGCUCCAUUUAACAUAGUCUCUGGCACAUCCAUCGCUUGCCCACAUGCAACAGGAGCCGCUGCCUAUGUCAAAUCUUUCCACCCAACUUGGUCUCCAGCUGCUAUUAAGUCUGCGCUUAUGACAACAGCUCUUCCCAUGACCCAAAAGGUAAACGCAGAAGCUGAGUUCGCAUAUGGAGCAGGUCAUUUAAAUCCAGUAAAUGCCACUAACCCCGGUUUAGUCUAUGAUGCCCACUAUAUUGAUUACAUAGAGUUCUUAUGUGGGCAAGGAUAUAGUACAGAGAAUCUUCGUCUUGUUACCGGUGACCAAAUCAACUGUUCAGAUGUUAGAAAAACUGCUGCAUCACAUCUAAACUAUCCAUCUUUUGCUCUAUUGAUCAAAUCUCAAAGAUUGGCUACUUGUAUCUACCGCAGGACAGUCACGAACGUCGGGCUGUCAGUGUCGACAUAUAAAGCAGUUAUUCAAGCUCCUUCUGGGCUCAAAGUUAGAGUAUACCCUACUACUCUUUCCUUCAGUUCUCUUGGACAAAAGAUAUCUUUCACUGUAAGGGUUGAGGUAGAAUCUGAUGAGAAGAUGCUUUCUGGUAGCCUAACCUGGGAUGAUGGACUGCAUCUGAGAUAACCAUCAGGUUUGGGGAGUAGUUUUGUUCGUUGUCUGACAGAGAAAGCUCCAAUUGUUAGCACUAUGGAGAACAAGAAGCAAGUGGCUGCCUCUUCAUCUUCAACUUCGGAUCUUCUUUUUGGUCCCAUGGACUCAAAUUCAGCGUCUUCAACAUCCACCACUGGAUAUUUUGGCUCUAUUUUCCCACAACUGGUUGUGGAAAGAGAGAAAAAUCAGGAUGUUGGGCCUGGAAAAGUUGGGAAUCCAGUUAAUGCUUCUGUAAAUGGCAUGAAUGGAACUGGUGGUGCAAAUGGGAAAGGUGAAAGCUCCAUCUAUCUGAACGAAACUAUGGAACCAAGUUACUUUAGUUCCUCCAUCUUUUACGGUGGCCAAGAAAACUACUCCCCAAGAACUAAACUCUCAGAAUCUCACCAUAAUUUUAAGAAAGAAGAGGACAAUGAUGCAAUUGGAAGCAAUUCAAACUCUGCUUCAAGAGGAAACUGGUGGAAGGGUUCUCUUUAUUACUGACACCCCCAUCAUCGUGGGAUUUCCAGCUGCAUAGGGCUUGAUUAUAUUUUCAUUUACAAGUGAAACUACCAUAUAGAAAUAAAGUAGAGUUUGAAGAGGUCCCAUGAGUUUGGUCACUGAAUGAAAGCUUGUAUGGUUCAUAUAGUGUGGGGAUGUUAGUCAAUUUUGGCAAGUGUGCGUUCCAAAGCUGAAGAAUGCUCUGAUGUAGCUUUCUUCUGCAACCAACUGGAAGUCUUUUCAAUAUCUCCAUCUGAAUCUAUCCUUAUUAUCUGUUACUGUAAUAACUAUGUUCACACAGUAUCUGAUGAGUCUAGUUCAGUUUACUAUUAUUGUUCCUUCUGC